UUACUGUUUAGGUAGGAUAGAUAGAUGUAGUCCAAUGGCUAAAGCUCUGCCAGCUUCUUGUAGACUGAACUCUCUUCUUUUUAGGCUUCGAGUUGUUUUUUUUUUAGGUGGGAUGGUAGAAUUUUUCUUCGCCACUAGUGGCAACGAAGUUCUUGGUAAUUAACAAGGGGGAAGGAAAGGAAGAUCUCCACUCAUUUCAUUCAUUCAGUGCCUGCGGUGAGGCGCGACCCACAACAAACGAAGGGGGAAAGCUUGCUUGCUGUAGCCCUAUUUUAGUAGACUAGGCUUGGUAAGCGUAAGCUAUUGUUGUAGGCUCGAGAAGGGUAGGCUCGCAGCUUCGCUCAGCAGAAGAGCCUUGACUUGAGAUUCUAUUAGUAAAGCGCUAGCGCCCAACAACCUAUGGGCUUUGAAGGGAUAGGGGAAGGGAAGAAAACUAAGAUGGUCACUCCUUUUAGGAACAUGGCUCGUUCAUUCACUUGCUCAUGAACUCGCAGCUUAGCCAGAAGCGACGAAGGGGGGGCUGGGGAAGGCCGACGACUACAUGAGGGGGAAGCUGUCUACGAAGCUUUGCCCCUUGCUUUACAGAGAUUCUUUUAUUAUAAACUUACUAAAUGACUAGAUUCUCUCGGAACGCUAGCUAAGCUAAUAAACAGUAUUAGUUCCCUUCAAUCAAAUCAAGUUUUUUUUGAUUGAUUCAGGGCGGCGCCCUCCUUCUUAGAACCCAUUGAGGGGGGCCUCGGCCCGGGAAGGGGAGAGUGGCCGAGUGGUCAAAAGCGACAGACUGUAAAUCUGUUGAAGUUUUUCUACGUAGGUUCGAAUCCUGCCUCUCCCACUUGUUUGUUGUAGACUUCAGAGAAGAGAAAGGAGGCAUUCGUCAGCGUAGGAAGGCCAACCGAGCAAAGCUCUUUCUUUUUUUUUUGCCAUUCCAUGAAGUGAAAUUGUAUCGUAUGUUAGUUAGAGAGGUUGGCGAACUACUACGAUCUAUAGACAUAUCCAAUCCCAACGAGAAUAGAAGCGAGUCGCUUCCGGCUUGGCUUGUAGUCAUAGUCUUUUAGCUUAUGUAGUGGUCGGCCUUCCUACACGCACGCGCCCGCCAGAAUGCCUCCUUGGUUCUGGACGAAGCCAAGCUGAUACAUACGAUAGGCGGAGGAAAAACCGCCCAUUUCAUAGCGCCUGGGAAAGGCAAGUUUGAUCGAGGAUUGGAGAGGAGAGGUGGAAGAAAAGGCUCGGGAUGGAUUUAGGAGUCUUUGUGCGAGCCGUAUGCGGUGAGAGUCGCACGUACGGUAACGAGGGGGGUUCGCGUCUAUACGUGUAGUGUGGUGGUUGGGCCUACCCACCCUAUUUGUUCCAUGAUCUAUGGGUCUACUGGAGCUACCCACUUCGAUCAAUUAGCCAAGAUUUUGACCGGAUACGAAAUCACUGGUGCUCGAUCUAGUGGUAUUUUUAUGGGGAUUCUAUUUAUCGCUGUAGGAUUCCUAUUCAAGAUCACUGCAGUUCCUUUUCAUAUGUGGGCACCUGAUAUCUAUGAGGGUUCACCCACCCCGGUUACAGCAUUCCUUUCUAUUGCGCCUAAAAUAUCUAUUUCUGCUAAUAUUUCACGUGUUUCUAUUUAUGGUUCCUAUGGAGCUACAUUGCAACAAAUCUUCUUUUUCUGCAGCAUUGCUUCUAUGAUCUUAGGAGCACUGGCCGCCAUGGCCCAAACGAAAGUCAAAAGACCUCUAGCUCAUAGUUCAAUUGGACAUGUAGGUUAUAUUCGUACUGGUUUCUCAUGUGGAACCAUAGAAGGAAUUCAAGCACUACUAAUUGGUCUCUUUAUUUAUGCAUUAAUGACGAUAGAUGCAUUCGCCAUAGUUUCAGCAUUACGGCAAACCCGUGUCAAAUAUAUAGCGGAUUUGGGCGCUCUAGCCAAAACGAAUCCUAUUUCGGCUAUUACCUUCUCCAUUACUAUGUUCUCAUACGCAGGGAUACCCCCGUUAGCCGGCUUUUGUAGCAAAUUCUAUUUGUUCUUCGCCGCUUUGGGUUGUGGGGCUUACUUCCUAGCCCCAGUGGGAGUAGUGACUAGCGUUAUAGGUUGUUUUUAUUAUAUACGCUUAGCGAAAAGAAUGUUUUUUGAUACACCUAGGACAUGGAUUCUAUAUGAACCAAUGGAUCGUGACAAGUCCUUACUACUAGCAAUGACUUCCUCUUUCAUUACUUCAUCCUUUCUAUAUCCCUCUCCCUUGUUCUCAGUUACUCAUCAAAUGGCACUCAGUUCAUAUCUUUAAGUUCGAUCAUUGACAAGGUUCAAAGAAAGGGUGGGCCAUUGAUAAAGAAUCGAUUCCAAAGCACAAUGCUAGCAGAUGGCGGGCCUCCGCUUUUCUUUUUUUCGGUAUGCCGCUCCGCGAACAGAGCGAAUGAAGAGAGAUCCAACCUAAUAUCAUGAAUAUCCUUCGCCCGUUAUCUCCUCAUCUUCCUAUUUAUAAGCCACAGCUCACUUCGACGUUUCCAAUUUCCCAUAGAAUCUCCGGGGCUUUCCUAGCCACUAUAGUUUUCUUUUUUUAUCUUCUUUGUCUGAAAAUAGGUUUGAUUUGCUUCACCUAUGAUAAUUUAUACCAAUUCUUCUUUUAUUCAUCAAAGUUCAUCCUAAUCCCCGUCGAGAUUACUGCCUUAGCCCUGUCCUAUCAUCUGUAUAAUGGGGUUCGUCAUUUAUUGACGGAUUUCUCGGGAUUUCCCUUUCAAAAAAAAAAUUGAUUUUAUUAUCUUAUGAAAUCUUUAUUUAUUAUUAGCCUUGAUAGCUCUCUUCUUUAAAGCUUAUGCCGUAGAAGCUGACAUGAGGCUAUUGGCCUUUUAUCUGCAUCUUCCCGACCAGGAAGGGGUUCGCUUUCUUUGGGAUGAACUCGCAAAGACUCGACCCGAGGACUUCCCUCGUAGAGUGGCGUCUUUUAUAAGACUCGACUUUAUCAGUGGAACUAAAAGAGUUUGAGCUCUUUUGGCUUACUUUUAGUCACGCGGGACGGCUAUCCGCAUGUGUCCCAAAGUGACGUCCAUUUUUUUUGUUUGGGGGGAUACUCGAGAGAAAAGUUUGGAAUUAGACCUCCCCAACUACCGGGGGUCUCCUUUUUAGUUUAGGAGCCCCUUUCUUCAAUUAUUUUUUGUAUUGAGCCUGGUGUGGAAUCACCAUCAUUAUACAUUCAUUGUUGGUCUGGCUGCUGGUCUAGCGAUCCUUCCUAGCCGCCGCCUAGAGUGCAGCCUGCCUGCUGAAGACCGUAACGUAAGUAACUCAGUGCUCCAUACGGGGGAAAUGAAAGCAGAAUUCGUUCGGAUCCUCCCACAUGUUCAAUCUUUUUUUAGCGGUUUCCCCAGAGAUCUUUAUCAUUAAUGCAACCUCCAUUUUGCUCAUUCAUGGAGUUGUAUUUAGUACCUCUAAGAAA